AUGUCACAACAUAACCUCGCAUUACCAACAUCAACAACAUACAAACUUUCUCCAACACGUACCCCUACUCCAUCUCAUCUACAAAGUUCAUCCGGAUCUACAAACCUCACUGGAGACACAAAUACUCCGAUUACCAAAAAACCAAUAGGUAAAAAACGUCGUCGACCAAGACCUACGACACUUGAUCAAACUCGUGCAUUGGACGAAAAUGAUGAUGUGUCAGAUUCGGAGAUUUUAGCUGCUCCUACUUCCAGAAGAGCUGUAUCGGAAGCUUCUGAUGAAGAAGAGGAUGAGGAAGGUGAAGUUGAGGAAGUGAGGGAUAAGGGGGAAGUAGAGGAGGAGGAGGAAGGGAAAGGUGUGGUUAAAAGGAGAAGAAAGAGGAUGAUGGAGACAAACAUGUUGAGAGGUCUCAUGGAUUCUGACCAAGCGAAGAGAUACGAUACUUUUUAUUCUGUCAUUUUACCUAAACAAGCUGUCAGUAGGCUUAAUAGGGAAUUCUUCGACCAACAUAUCAAACCUAGUCUAUCGCAGAUUGUUGCUGGAUUAGGAAAGAUUUACCUAGCUGAGAUCAUUGAAUUAGGUAGAUUUCUUCAAACUAUCAAAAUACAUACCCCUGCUCAUCAAUGUCUCACCCUCAAUACCAAAGAGGUCCAAGCCGAACAAAAAGCCACAGGAGCGUUGAAACCUGAACAUCUAAGAAUAGCUAAAGAACGAUGGGAAGAUACCACAGGCAAGACUGUCAAACCUUCAUUGAAACGAUAA